AUGAACAUCUCUCUUUCAUUUGGCCGCUGGUCGCUGUCCUCACCGGACGCGGUUUAUUUGUUUCGCGCCAAAAUAUGCGAAAAAAUGGAGGAUAAUCGGAACAAGUCCGGAAAGGAAAAUAAAAGGAAAAUGAAGGGCGAGAAACGCAGAAAUUAUGACUCUUCACGCUUCAAGGAGGCUUAUAUGAAAGUUAUAAAGGAUAAUUGGUCAGUGUACAAGGCGUCGAAGGAAUAUGGCAUACCGUGGUCUACUUUGAGAAGACACAUAGCUACUCAUGGAGGUGAAAGUUUCGACUUACCUAAACUUGGGAGACCAUUCACAUUAGACAGCGACCUUGAAUGUGUCCGAAUGGUCAAUGAUCUAGCGAAUGGUGCUCCGGAAGGGUCUAUCGUGAGAUUAUCCAAAAACGGAUGGAUUAACUCUGAAAAAUUUCUGGAGUGGAUGCAUCACUUUGAAGCUCAUAUUCCACCAGCUAGACCGGUACUUUUAAUCAUGGAUUCUCACUCUACCCAUGUCAGCCAAGAUGUUAUAGAUUUCGCUACAAAAAAUGGCAUUCAUCUAUUCACUUUUCCAAGUCACACAAGCCAUCUCCUGCAACCUCUGGACGUUUCUGUUUACAAGUCACUGAAAAAUGCAUGGGCUAAAGUGCUAAAUGAUUAUAAGCUUCAACAUCCAACGAGUGCUCCAACAAGGCUUGACUUUUGUCGCCUAUUAACACCAGCCUACGAGCAUGCAUUUCAGCCGUCAAUAAUUGUGAACGGCUUUCGAAAAACUGGCACUGCGCCAUUUGAUCGAAAUGCCAUUUCUGAUGAAAGUAUUGCCCCAUCAUUGAUGCAGCCAAGUGACCUACAGUCACAGAAUAUUGAAUCUUCCACUGAUAAUGCCCAAGCUUCUGCAGUCAAUCGUGAAACUGCGUCACCUUCAGUUUUCUCUUUACUUUCCGUUCCUGAGGUACCACAGUCUUCUUCUUCUAGUACCCGACGAGCUAAGCGGAAUCCACAGGCCCGAUAUUUAACAACUCAAAGCAUGAACAACAUGGACAGUCCUGAAGAAAACAUCGUCGCCAUAUCAAACGAAACCACAGUCGCCGUUACCAGUGAGGAGACCGUUACCUCGAUUCGUGUCCCCUCUGCUUCUCCAACUCCUGGACCUUCAACUGAAAGCAACCUGAAGCGUAAACUACCAAGAGUCAAGGUAGAGAAAACACCAAAAUCAAAUAAAAGUACGAUGUGUGACUAUUGCGGUGUGCACUACUCCCAAGAUCUGGCACUUAGGAACGGAGCUGUAUGGGUAGAGUGCAUGAGCUGCGGCAAAUGGUACUACCAAGAAUGUACUGGCACAGAGUCGCCACAGUUCCUGUGUGAUAAUUGUGAUAAAGUAGACUUUUCAGGCACUGAUGAUAGUGAUUGGGCACCUGAA